CUGCCCGGCGCGGCUCCGGAAAGCCGCCCCGGGAACUUAGGGCAACGCCUUUGGGACCCCCUGCUGGUUGGCAGUCAGGAUGGUGAGCGCCCUGCCUCUGGGUCGGCGGACACCUGUGGGCUUUGCGGAUGCAUAGGGGAUCCUUAUGGAGUGAGUGUCCUGGGAGCCACCUCACACCUGAUACAAAAGCCAGUGGUGGAGUGAGUGUUGCUAUUUUAAGUUGCUGAAUGGAACCUCUGAGGACAAGGGGAGGGGACCGAGGUUAAGCAGAUAGUGAGGCUGAGUGCCUGGCCAGCCUGGGCAGGCACUGCAUCUGCUAACUGGGGCACAUCUUCGCAGGGCUGCCUAUGUCCCCUCCUUCCCAGGCUGGCAUCCCCACUGCAGGCUUCCUGACCACAGGUGCUGGCCUCGUGCCCCAGGGCGCCUGUCUGCUGAUGUGCCCAGCGCCUCUCCACCAUGCCGCCCUACAUCUCAGCCUUCCAGGCUGCCUACAUUGGCAUCGAGGUGCUCAUUGCCUUGGUCUCUGUGCCUGGAAACGUGCUGGUGAUUUGGGCUGUGAAGGUGAACCAGGCACUUCGCGAUGCCACCUUCUAUUUCAUCGUAUCGCUGGCGGUAGCUGAUGUGGCCGUUGGCGCUCUGGUUAUUCCACUGGCCAUCCUUAUCAACAUUGGGCCACAGACCUACUUCCACACCUGCCUCAUGGUGGCCUGCCCUGUCCUCAUCCUCACACAGAGCUCCAUCCUGGCUCUACUGGCUAUUGCUGUGGAUCGUUACCUCCGAGUCAAGAUCCCUCUCCGGUACAAGACAGUGGUGACCCAGCGGCGGGCGGCAGUGGCCAUAGCAGGCUGCUGGAUUCUCUCCCUUGUGGUAGGCCUGACACCCAUGUUCGGCUGGAACAAUCUGAGUGAGGUGGAGCAAGCCUGGGCCGCUAACGGGAGUGUGGGGGAGCCCGUGAUCAAGUGUGAGUUCGAGAAGGUUAUCAGCAUGGAGUACAUGGUCUACUUCAACUUCUUCGUCUGGGUGCUGCCGCCGCUGCUCCUCAUGGUCCUCAUCUACCUGGAGGUCUUCUACCUGAUCCGUAAGCAGCUCAACAAGAAAGUAUCCGCCUCCUCCGGUGACCCACAGAAGUACUACGGGAAGGAGCUGAAGAUCGCCAAGUCAUUGGCGCUCAUCCUCUUCCUCUUUGCCCUCAGCUGGCUGCCACUGCACAUCCUGAACUGUAUCACCCUCUUCUGCCCCACCUGCCAGAAGCCCAGCAUCCUCAUCUACAUUGCCAUCUUCCUCACGCACGGCAACUCGGCCAUGAACCCCAUCGUCUAUGCCUUCCGCAUCCACAAGUUUCGGGUCACCUUUCUGAAGAUUUGGAAUGAUCAUUUCCGAUGCCAGCCCAAACCCCCCAUUGACGAUGACCUCCCAGAGGAGAAGGCUGAUGACUAGCCUCCACCUUACUCCCUCCAGCCCACAACCAGUGUCCCAACUGUCCCAUUGCUCCUCCUUAGCUGCCCCGGCUGGGGUGUGAGCUGUAGGCACCAGGGAGGCUCCAAAGAGAUGCCACAGAGCAGGGCCCCUCCCCGAGGAUCCAGCUGCCCUGUCCCUUGGGGAGCUGGAGGAGGCUUGGAGGUGGGUCAGGCUAUGGCAGGGAACUGGGUGCCCUGAGGUGCUGAGUGCCCAUGCCUGGCUGUUCUACAAGGCAUUCAGAGAUCUAGGGCUAGAAUAUUCUAGCUCCUACAGUCAAACAGGGGGCCUGCUAUUAAGACCAACUUCAAGGUGAGGAUAAGACUCCCUCAGAGGAUGGAUAGAGAGAAGUGGGUAUGUCCUGGCUUUUCUUUCUCUCCUAUUCUAUAGGAAAAAAUAGCAAAGUUCAGGAAAGGAGACCUUAUCCCCACCUCUAAGGAUUUUGUGUUUCUGGUCAUACAGGUCCUGCAAUGCCCGCAGUCCUUACCCCGACAAGCCUGAGGUUAUAUAUAGACAAGGCAGAAAGAAUGGGACUAGGGAUCCACUCUCGGAUUUUGUUUAUUCACAGUCUUGGAAUUCCAGUGGGCCUCUAAGCACUGGGACAUAAGCACGGUCCAGUAGGUGCUGGCCUCAAGUAGCCAGCAGAGGGCAGCACUGAGCACUUUUGCCCUGAACUUCAGGGUGUUCCCAAUGUAACUUUCUGUCUUCUGCGUCACCAACUCUCAGAGGCAGGCCUGGACUCUCCUGGAUGACACUGUCUCUGCUUGGGCUCCAGGAGAAGAAAGCCCCAGAAAGGACAACUCUUGGGAACACUCUGCCUGAGUGGGGAGGAAGAUGAGGGAAGCCUCCAAGAGGCUCCCAGGUGACAUGGGCACUCCUGGUGUGGGGUAUGGCAGGCCAGACCAGACCAGAGACCACUCUCUUGAGAGUGUGAAGGAUUGCCUUGCUGGCAUUCAAAUAUCCAAAAUGCUCCUGGGGGGUUAAGUUCAGUAUUUAGGGGUUUCAGAAGCUGUGUUACGAGUAUAGUGCAGGCCUUUGUGGGUCUCAGGACCAAUCCAUACCCUACUGAACCUGACUUUCUUCCUUGUGUGGACAGCAGCAGGGGAGGGUGACAGGUUCUGAGUGUGAGUAUUGACUCCAGGCUCUUCCCUCAGUGGGAGGUAAGGUGUCCCUGGCGUCCAAGGAGGUCCCUGUGUCUAAUAAAAGACUGUGAACCCUU